UGUGACAUAACUCCGGCUCAGUGAGAAAAGCGAAAACAUGCAACUUUUUCUACAGUGAAUUGUAUUAAGAUAAUUUUCAAUAAAGUCGGUGUAUACAUAAUCUGCUGAAAGAUGAAUUCGUUAUACACACCAAUCAGGAAACUGCCCCUAUAUCGGGCAAGUCAAAUAAUCUCGUUGAGUCGGCUACAUUCCGCAACCAAGGUUCUGUAUCAGAGCAACACGCCUUCGGCGGAAGCGAAGCCGGAAAAAAUCGUUAUACCCCGGCGAAUAGAACGUGGUCCCACGGAUAUUCUGAACGCCCUCUCCAGCACAGUUGGUUCCGAUCCAACAGCGGCCCACUACAAGUAUCAUGACGAUCCGUUUCUGUUCCCGUUGACCAACGUAAACAAACGGAUGUAUGCCAUGGCUCAGGAGGCGGGCCGAAAGGCAGCCGCCUGGAUUCGUCAGGAAAAUGCUAAAUUGUUUCAGCACAAAGAAGCAGAUCCGCCGGUCGCAGCGUUUGUGCCAACGAUGAUCUACACUGAGGAGAGUCAGGUGGAGGAAACAGAUUUGCGGAAACUCAUCGAAAACGUUGACGUUCAAGAUGCUAUUCUGGUUUACAAGCUGCUCAAGAAAAAUAACAUUGAAGUGAGUGAGGAGCUGCGGCAAUCGUUGAUGGAAUUGUUGUGUUUCUUCAAUCACGAAGAAACUUUGGAGGAGGAAUACAUUGAAGAACGCUGGUUUCAGCAGGGCGUGACUGAGAAGAAUCGUCAGCGGAGAACCUGGAAGGAUCUCAAUCUGGCCGAACAGAUUUUUCACGACAUCGAAGAGAAGAAACCGGAACACUAUGCGGCGUUGAUUCGAGGCAUGGCUAAAUAUUACCAAAUUGAAAAAGUGUGGGCUCUGUAUCAGGAGACUAUCGAGAAACAGAUACUUCUUGAUACGACUACAUUUAAUAGCAUUCUUCAAAUUGUCUCAUUUUUGAAGGAAAAGUAUGAUGAGCGCUGGUCAGCGGUUUGCGAUCUGUUGACAACGAUGAAGACCCAAGGGCUGAAGCCAAAUGUCGGAACGCUAAAUGUCAUUCUGCAUACGAUUUCAACCAUCAGAGGACAUAAUCACCCGAGGAAUUAUGCCUUGAAAACAUUGGCGGAGUUUAAAAAAUUAGGCAUUGAGCCAUCUUUGGCCAGUUGGUAUUAUAUGCUGCUGAUAUUUUGCCGUGAACGUGGUCCAACCAGUCACAUUCUGCAUGAUAUUAUGAAUGAAAUCGAGAACAAAGAGUUCCAAAUCCAAGAUCCCAAGGAUACAUUUUUCUUCGUGACAGCUAUGGAUGUUUGCCAGAACCAUUUGCAUGAUAAGGACUUGGCGAAGAGAGUCGAUAAACUGUUGCAUUUCAAAGACAACUACGAUUUGAUUGGAGAUUCGUAUAAGGAGUCCAUUUACUACAGACACUAUUUCAGCGUUCUUUGUAGUUCGGAACCGCUGGAAGUUUUCAUGGAAACCUACAACCUGUUAGUUCCGAACGUUUACAUUCCGGAACCAUCCGUGAUGGAGGGAAUACUGCGAUCUAUCGAAAUGAAUGGCGCCGUCGAACAACUUCCCCUGAUUUGGUCCCACAUGAUCCAGUUUGAUCACAUAGGCAAGGAAGGUUUGCUCAAUCUUGUCCUGCAAACGAUUCUCGCAAAUCCGCAAUCACAAGAGCAGGAACUGGGCGAAAAGUUCACCGCUAUCGGCUGGGAUAUGUUCGUUCGUGUACAAGAGUUGGCUGCAUCCGACAGACGCUCUCAACAGACCGGACUGUCUGGCGCGAUGCUUGGAAAUAUUCUGCUUGUCUGCUGCCGGGGGAAAGAUUUGGAGAAGGCACAGGCACUGUUCGAAAAACUGAGUAAGGAGCAGAAUUCGAUAGUUGGCGAUCCGGCGGCGGAAUCUUUGCGAGCAUUUGUCCAACUGUGCAUUGAUGAGAAAAAGCCAAGCUUGGCUAUUGGGUGUUUGCAGUACUGUUCAGAAAAUGGAUAUCCGGAAUGUGCCGAGUUUGGUAGUCACAUUUAUAAGUCACUCACGCUGAGCGAGGUACAUGUUGAUAAGAUUCGCCGUUUUGCUGGGGUUGAAGCCGUGAAUCCGAAAGAAGUUAGCACACAAGAAAGUAUGUAAAUUCGUUGGGUUGGCAGUUGGAAAUAAAAUCUGCUUGAUAUAUAAA